AUGUCUAAUUUAAAUUUAGCAGCAUUUAGUGAAUCUUUAAAGAAAUAUCACGAAUAUCCUGAAAUCGAUUCAAUGGAAGAAGUUGAUGCAGUUAUGCAAAAGGACUCAACAAUCUCUAUAAUUGAAGAAAGAUUUUAUGAAAUAGCACCUGAUGCUGAGAAUAAUUGGAUAAAGGAUGAAAGAAUUAAGUGUAGAAUGAAAAAUAGGCCAUUACCUCCUAUUCCUACUGAUCGUCAAGUUAACAGUGUAUUAAAUAAAUCUUUGGAAUCAAAAUUAACUCUUCAGUCGCAUUCCUCUAAGCAUGAGGUUCGCAGAAGUAUAUCAGGCAUUCUUUCGGAUAAAUCAAAUCAAAUAAAAGUAGUCUGCUCAUCGCCUACCCAAAUCAGUUGUGACGAUUAUGGAGAUAAUAGUUAUAACAGGACCAGUCCUGCGCUAGGUAGUAUCACUGAUACUGCUGAAGAGAGUAAACCAAGACAAGUAGGAGUUGUUAGCUCAACGCCAUCUUCUUAUAGCAAUCGUUCUCAUAUAGUAUCGACGAUUAAAGAUGAUAUUUCAUCAAAUAUUAACAAGCAAUCGAAGAUAACAACGAUGCCUAACCAAAGAGAUCGAGCUAACGUAGCUUCGACGAUUCAAGACAAUCUCUCGUCGAAUAAUGCAAAUGAGCAAUCUAACAUAACAAAUUUACCAGACCAUUUCAAGAUGGAAACAUCGCGACUAGCAGAUCGAUCCUCCAGUAUCACUACUAAAAAGUAUAAAAUAUCGCAAGAAUUGCUUCUAAAACCACCUCGUCCGUUAAAGUUUUACGACUACGGCUUGAAUAAGCCAGAGUCUUCCGCAACGCUAGGUAUUAUGACGGAAAGUCAGAAAAAUUCGCCGCAGACGGAAGAUUCAGCUAAAAAACUGCGUGACAGAAGAAAAAGGCCAUCAAUAUCUCCAAGUUCACCGAAAACACUUCCAACUCCAACUAAUGCUAGAGCACCUUUAUCGGAGCAAUCUUGUAUCCCUAAUAAUACUUUACUGGAAAUGGAUACUUUGCAUUCUCCAGCUCGCCAACAGAUAGAAAUUAAACGGAAUAAAACAAAAAAUAAGCCAUCAAUACCUACAUGUUCGUCGAUGUUACAUCCUAUUCAAAGUAAUAGAGGAGUAGCUUCGUCAAAUCAAGCUUUGACGAACAGCAUACUACGGAAAAGGAAUAUAGUAUCUUCAUUAGAUCAGCGAUGGCUAGGGAACGUAGUUGAGAAGCCGAGCGGAGCAAGAAACAGGCCGCCAGUACUUUCGUGUUUACCAUUAUCACAUCCAUCUUAUGGCAAUGUGGAUUUAGCCUUAUCAGAUCAGCAACAUUUGGAAGAUGCAGUUAAGAAAUCAACAAAAACUGCAAACAGACCACUUGUACCUCCACGUUCACCAAAAUUGUGUGCUUAUAGGCAUAACGUAGAUAAUGUUCCUUUAGGCCAAUCUUCUGUCGAAGAUGUAUCACAAGAAAUUAAUAUAUGGCCUUUGACGAAACCAUGUCAUCCCAGCAUACACGUUUCCAGGAGUAGAGCUGCUGCUAUUUCCAAUAAAUCUCGCUCUUCAAGGAAUACAAGUAUAAUGAAAGAGUGCAAACACCCAAUGGAGACCUCGAUCUUACCCGCUCAUCCCCAUAAUUUACACAUAAUCCCUGCGGAAGAGGAUUGGCAUGGUGGCAUGGGCAACUCCUCAGAAACAGCACAAUCCCUUCAAUCUACCGUGUCAGUGAAUCAUAGCAGCAGUGAAAGCAAUCCUAUUGAAGCUAUUGCAAGCGGUCAAAAGUGGAAUAUCGACGAUAUCAAUUCAUAUUCCCUUAAAGAGCAAAAUACCCAGAAUACAGCUCUAUCUUUAGCAAGAGAAAUAUCACAAAGCAUACCGUCUUCCAAUAUCUACCCUGAUGUAAUAGGUAAGAAGGGUAGCGAUUCCUUAUUACUUACAAUUGCUGAUCAUGAUAGGAAAGGAGAUGCUUGUACAGAGGCCGAGGAUACGGGUACACAAGCGAGAGAUAGGGCAAUUUCGAAUAAAUCUAUGGAAAGCAGACUAUCUAUGCAAGCUCGUUAUGUAAAUGUUAAUACAGUCAAACCUUCAACAAGUCAGCAGUGUACAAAGAAAUUAUCAGACAAAUUUAAAAAAGGAAAGCCACCAAUACCUACUCCUCGUAGGCCAGUUCUCCAAGACAAAAAAGAUACAUCUACAGCUAACGAUGGAAAGGAAGUUUCAAAAGAAAGAAAGGCAAGAAAAAGACCACCAGUUCUUCUACCUCGACCACCUGUCCGUCAAGAUAAGAAAAGUUCAACAAUAUCCGAAUACCAGCAUAUGGAGUAUAUGCUAAUUAAAAGUGAAGAAGUGAAUCCAGCUAGAAUGGAUUUAUUACAAUCUUCUCCUAAUAUAAAUGAUAGUGACCAAAACAAGAUUGCUGCGUGUAUACUUAGUUGCAGCCAAAAUUUAUCCUUAGAAAAACCAUUAACAAGGAAAUCAGUGGAGCCUUCACCUUAUUUAAGUAAUCGUGCUUGUCCAGUUAUAGUAUUCCCCUCUGAUACAAUUGCUCAGGAGCAAAUGGAAGAUAAGCUUAUUAAAUUAAAAGAGGCUGGAUCAUUAGCAUCUGCAUCAUGUCUCAGUACUGACCAUACUAAGGAAAACGACGAUAAGGAAUUACAAUCAUCAUAUCGUCUAUCUCAUCUGGAUAAAUUUAAGGUGGCGAAGUCAUCAGGAUGUAUUUCUUCUAAUAACCACUAUAUUCACAACGAUCAAAAGAUGACGAAUAAGUUAGACGUAACAAAAACUCGUAGACGAUCUACAGAGAAACAAGCAAAACUUGUUUCUCCCACCGAUAAUAGCCAGCGUGUUAAAGAUCAUGAAAAGAUAAAGAAUAAAUCUGAUAUGUUACUAGCUCACAGGCAAUUUGCUCGACUUGGUUCAAAUCUACAGCAUGCCUACUCUUUCUUAAUACGACGAGAACGAAAAAAUAUCUCUGAUGCUUCCACCGAUAGUAAUCGUCAGCAAUCAGAUCAACGAUUUCAAGUAUUAGAGGGAACAUUUAAGUAUUUGUCCUAUAAAUGUACCAUAACAGCGUCAUUACCUUUCGAUACCGUAAAGCGUAUUCAUAAAGCAGCAAUAUGGCAAUCGAAGAAUAAUGAAAAAUUCAUUAUACUGGGUACAGAAACUGGUAUCCUAAUAUCCAAUGCUGAUAAUAAAUCGCAAUGCUAUUAUGAAAUUACUAAAGGAAGAACGUCUUGGAUUGAUAUUCACACCGAUAUCUUGGUAGCUAUCACGGGCGCUGAUCCAUAUGAUAAUCAACGGUGUUUCCUAUGUGCUCAGUUGUCGGAUUCAAUAUUAAUCAUGAAAUAUGUCCUCAAAGAAAGCAAAUUUGUACAAGUUAAGAUAUUCAAGUAUCAACCAGUUGUCAGCAGUAAUAUUAUGGAAAUAUUUUACACAAGAACAGAAGAUUAUCCUUUUCUAUGCGUUGGAGUCAAUCAAAUACCAAAUAGUUCAAGCGUCGACUUUAUUACUAUUGAUUUAAAUCGCCAGUUUUCAGCUUGGCCAGAUAACGAAAACUACGUGAACUUCAAUCGCAUGUUGGAUUGUUCAUGCUUAUACCAGUUUAAUAACAGCACAGUUUUAGUUUGUGUUGAAGAUCAAUGCUUUUUAUUCUGCAUGAAUGGAAUACCUAUUAGGAAACAUGGAUAUAACCAAGCAAUAAAAUUUUCAGCAUCUAUUUCUUUUGCAGUUAUAGAAAGAUCUAUACUAAUAGGCUUUCAUGAGAAUUUUUUUGAAUUCAGAUCCAUAGCGAAAAGAAAUGAGGACUUUCAACAUUGUGUAAAACUAUUCGAAAAGGUUUACUACAUUGGGACAACAAAAAGGAUUAAUUUACAUUUGAUACUCCAGAGCGAAAUCUACUGCCUAUUAGCCGAAUUACCAACAUCUGAAGAUGAUGCGUUGUACGCUGCAAGCUUUGAAUUCCAGAUUAAAGCGGCCAAUUUAUAUUCGAAAUUUGCAAACAAGGGACUAGUGUACGUUAGCUGA